AUGGCGUCGACAUCUAUCAAUCCGUCAUCACUACUACCACUUGAGCUGAUCGAUAAAUGUAUAGGCUCGCGGAUUUGGGUCAUUAUGAAAGGUGAUCGAGAAGUCGUUGGAACUCUAUGCGGAUUUGACGACUAUGUCAAUAUGGUGCUUGAAGAUGUCGUUGAAUACGAAAACACACAAGAGGGCAAGAAGGUCACAAAAUUGGACAUCAUUCUACUCAAUGGAAACCAUGUGACGAUGCUGGUGCCUGGUGGCGGCGGGCCCGAACUU